GACGCGCCCGCCUGCCCGCCUUCCUUGGAGCAUCGCCCCGAUUCGCCUGGAGGGGGGCGGCAGGGACUCGGGGUCCCCCCCGGGCGCCAUGGCCAAGGGGGCUUCGUCGGACAGCAGCGGCUGCGGCGGCAUCUACAGCGUCUCCGUGGAGCAGCAGGACAAAAAGGCCGCCAUGUGCCCGGGCAAAGGGGAGGCCGCGGACCCUCCUGGGCCGACCGUGGCCCUGCCGCCCCCCGAGAGGGAGACGUGGACCCGGCAGAUGGAUUUUAUCAUGUCCUGCGUGGGCUUCGCCGUGGGGCUGGGCAACGUGUGGCGCUUCCCUUACCUGUGCUACAAGAACGGGGGAGGUGUUUUCCUCAUCCCUUACCUUCUUAUUGCCCUCAUUGGCGGGAUUCCCAUCUUCUUCCUGGAAAUUUCCUUGGGGCAGUUCAUGAAGGCCGGGAGCAUCAACGUAUGGAACAUCGCACCAGUGUUCAAAGGACUGGGCUUUGCCUCUAUGGUGAUCGUCUUCUAUUGCAACACCUACUACAUCAUGGUGCUUGCCUGGGGUUUCUAUUACCUGGUGAAAUCUUUUACGGCCACCUUGCCCUGGGCAACCUGCGGGAACCCCUGGAACUCUGAUGAAUGUGUGGAGAUCUUCCGGCAUGAGGACUGCGCCAACGGCACCGCCACAGGCAACCUUACCUGUGACGAGCUCUCCGACAAGAGGUCGCCUGUCAUCGAGUUUUGGGAGAACAAGGUGCUGCGUCUGUCAGGAGGCCUGGAGCUCCCUGGUGAGAUCAACUGGGAGGUGACCCUCUGUCUGCUAGCCUGCUGGGUCCUUGUCUACUUCUGUGUCUGGAAGGGUGUCAAGUCCACAGGAAAGAUUGUCUACUUCACUGCUACAUUCCCUUACGUGGUGCUCAUUAUACUGCUAAUCCGAGGGGUGAUGCUGCCUGGAGCUCAGGAUGGGAUAAUCUACUAUCUCAAACCCGACUGGUCCAAACUGGCCUCCCCUCAGGUGUGGAUCGAUGCUGGGACCCAAAUCUUUUUCUCGUAUGCCAUAGGACUGGGGGCACUCACUGCCCUGGGCAGCUAUAACCGGUUCAACAACAAUUGCUAUAAAGAUGCCAUCAUCCUGGCUCUGAUCAAUAGUGGGACCAGCUUCUUCUCUGGCUUUGUGGUCUUCUCCAUUCUGGGCUUCAUGGCAGCAGAACAAGGAGUUGAUAUCUCCAAGGUAGCUGAAUCUGGGCCUGGCCUGGCAUUUAUCGCGUACCCAAGAGCUGUCACUCUGAUGCCUGUCGCUCCACUCUGGGCUGCCCUCUUUUUCUUCAUGCUGCUGCUCCUGGGCUUGGAUAGCCAGUUCGUGGGCGUUGAAGGCUUUAUCACUGGCAUCCUGGAUUUCUUCCCAGCCACCUACACCUUCCGAUUCCAGCGAGAGGUCAUUGUGGCCGUCUCCUGUGCUGUCUGCUUCUUCCUUGAGCUGUCCAUGGUGACCGAGGGGGGUAUGUAUGUCUUCCAGCUAUUUGAUUACUACUCGGCAAGUGGCACGACACUUCUGUGGCAGGCCUUCUGGGAGUGCAUAGCAAUCGGCUGGGUUUACGGUGCCGACCGUUUCAUGGAUGACAUUGCUUGCAUGAUUGGCUACCGGCCCUCCCUGUGGAUGAAGUGGUGCUGGAUGUUCCUGACUCCUCUCGUCUGCCUGGUAAUACUCCAGGGGCGUCUUUCUUUCAAUGUUGCCUACUACAAGCCAUUGAUCUACAACAACAGCUACGUCUACCCCUGGUGGGGAGAAGCCAUCGGCUGGGGCUUCGCACUAUCCUCCAUGCUGUGUGUCCCUCUUACUGCUCUCUACAAGCUCAUCCGUGCCAAGGGGACACUGGCUGAGCGCUGGCACCACCUCACCCAGCCGAUCUGGGGGUUGCACCAUCUGGAAUAUAAGGUGCCUGAAUCAGAAUUCGGCGUUUUGACCACCUUGACUCCUGCUGAUGGGGGCAGCAAGGCAGUUAUCCUGGAGAGCGUCAUGUGACCAAUGCUCAUCCACUGUUCUCCCACAACAAGAGGCGCCAUUUCUUGUGCCACUCAACCCUGGCUGCCAC